CCCUCUCCCUUUUUCUGGGGCUAAGGACGCCUCCUCCUCACUGCGUUCUCCACCUCUUGCCGCGCGGCUUGUCGCGGGCCCGUAGCUCUGCCUGAACGCGGGACUGACUCCGGCACCCGCAUGUCCUUGCGCUCAUCCCCCUCACAGCCGCCGCUGCUCACCAGCAUCCCACCCCUCACCCACGCCGCGUCUAAGCGGCCCCACUGAGUCCCGACGCCGGGCCCCGCAGUACAGGGGUACCAGGCCAGCCUAUGGAGAAUCCCAGAUAACGCGAGUUGGGGGCGCCCACGCCCCCCAUCCCCGCCAGCAUGGCUCGGCCGCCGCCACUCCAGGAGCUGCCCCCUGUCUAUACACCCCCAGCUCGAGCCGCAUCACCCCAGAUCCUAGCUGGGAGCCUAAAGGCUCCGCUCUGGCUUCGUGCUUACUUCCAGGGCCUGCUCUUCUCUCUGGGCUGCGGGAUCCAGAGACACUGUGGCAAAGUGCUCUUCCUGGGCCUGUUGGCCUUUGGAGCCCUGGCACUGGGUCUCCGUGUGGCCAUCAUUGAGACAGACCUAGAACAGCUCUGGGUGGAAGUGGGCAGCCGGGUGAGCCAGGAGUUGCAUUACACCAAGGAGAAGCUGGGGGAGGAGGCUGCAUACACCUCCCAGAUGUUGAUACAGACCCCACACCAGGAGGGGGAGAACAUCCUCACGCCUGAGGCACUGGGCCUCCACCUCCAGGCAGCCCUUGCAGCCAGUAAAGUGCAAGUAUCACUCUAUGGAAAGUCCUGGGAUUUGAAUAAAAUCUGCUACAAGUCAGGAAUUCCGCUAAUUGAAAAUGGAAUGAUUGAGCGGAUGAUUGAGAAGCUGUUUCCGUGCGUGAUCCUCACCCCCCUCGACUGCUUCUGGGAGGGAGCCAAACUCCAAGGGGGCUCUGCCUACUUGCCUGGUCGUCCUGACAUCCAGUGGACCAACCUGGAUCCAGAGCAGCUGCUCAAGGAGCUAGGCCCUUUUGCCUCCCUUGAGGGCUUCCGGGAGCUGUUAGACAAGGCACAGGUGGGCCAGGCCUAUGUGGGGCGGCCCUGUCUGCACCCUGAUGACCUCCACUGCCCACCUACUGCCCCUAACCAUCACAGCAAGCAGGCUCCCAAUGUGGCUCAGGAGUUGAACGGUGGCUGCCAUGGCUUCUCCCACAAGUUCAUGCACUGGCAGGAGGAACUGCUGCUGGGGGGCAUGGCCAGAGACGCCCAAGGACAGCUGCUAAGGGCAGAAGCCCUACAGAGCACCUUCUUGCUGAUGAGUCCCCGCCAGCUGUAUGAGCACUUCCGAGGCGACUACCAGACACACGACAUCGGCUGGAGCGAGGAGCAGGCUGGCACAGUGCUGAGGGCCUGGCAGCGGCGCUUUGUGCAGCUGGCCCAGGAGGCCCUGCCUCAGAAUUCAUCCCAGCAGAUCCACGCCUUCUCCUCCACCACCCUGGAUGACAUCCUGCACGCUUUCUCUGAAGUCAGUGCUGCCCGUGUGGUGGGAGGCUAUCUGCUCAUGGUGGGUCCUGCUCCCGGCACCUUACCCCACCCUCUGCCCGGUGCUCAGCCAGGAAGCUGCUUUCCAAGACUGUGCCCUCCUUCCCCACAGCUAGCCUAUGCCUGUGUGACGAUGCUGCGCUGGGACUGUGCCCAGUCCCAGGGUGCUGUAGGCCUUGCAGGGGUGCUGCUGGUAGCCCUGGCAGUGGCCUCGGGCCUUGGGCUCUGUGCCCUGCUUGGCAUCGCCUUCAACGCUGCCACUACCCAGGUACACCAGGACUACAGGGCACACUUGGGGUCCACAGUCCAGGCUCCUCAGUUCCUCCAGCUGCCCACCCCUGUGCCCCUCCAGGUGCUGCCCUUCUUGGCACUGGGCAUCGGUGUGGAUGACAUAUUCCUGCUGGCACAUGCCUUCACAGAGGCUCCACCUGGCACCCCUCUCCAAGAGCGCACAGGCGAGUGUCUGCGGCGCACAGGUACCAGCGUCGCACUCACAUCCAUCAACCACAUGGUUGCCUUCUUCAUGGCUGCCCUAGUUCCCAUCCCUGCACUGCGGGCCUUCUCCUUGCAGGCGGCCAUAGUGGUUGGCUGCAACUUUGCAGCCGUGAUGCUUGUCUUCCCGGCGGUCCUCAGCCUAGACCUGCAUCGGCGCCACUGCCAGCGCCUCGACGUGCUCUGCUGUUUCUCCAGCCCCUGCUCUGCCCGCGUGAUUCAGAUUCUGCCCCAGGAACUAGGGGAUAGGACAGUACCAGUGGGCAUUGCCCACCUGACUGCCACAGUUCAAGCCUUUGCCCACUGUGAAGCCAGCAGCCAGCAUGUCGUCACCAUCCUGCCUCCCCGGGCCCACUUGGUGCCCCCACCUUCUGACCCACUGGGCUCUGAGCUCUUCAGCCCAGGAGGGUCCACACGGGACCUUCUAGGCCAAGAGGAGGGGACAAGGCAAAAGGCAACCUGCAAUUCCCUGCCCUGUGCCCGCUGGAAUCUCGCUCAUUUCGCCCGCUAUCAUUUCGCACCCUUGCUGCUCCAGUCACACAGCAAGGCCAUGGUGCUGGUGCUCUUUGGGGCUCUUCUGGGCCUGAGCCUCUACGGAGCAACCUUGGUGCAGGAUGGGCUGGCCCUGACAGAUGUGGUGCCUCGGGGCACCAAGGAGCAUGCCUUCCUGAGCACCCAGCUCAGGUACUUCUCCCUGUACGAGGUGGCCCUGGUGACACAGGGUGGCUUUGACUACGCCCACUCCCAACGCGCCCUCUUUGAUCUGCACCAGCGCUUCAGUUCUCUCAAGGCCGUGCUGCCCCCGCCUGCCACCCAGGCGCCCCGCACCUGGCUGCACUAUUACCGCAACUGGCUACAGGGAAUCCAGGCCGCGUUUGACCAGGACUGGGCUUCUGGGCGCAUUACCCGCCACUCGUGCCGCAAUGGCUCUGAGGAUGGGGCCCUGGCCUACAAGCUGCUCAUCCAGACCGGGGAUGCCCAAGAGCCUCUGGAUUUCAGUCAGUUGACCACAAGGAAGCUAGUAGAUAAGGAGGGGCUGAUCCCACCCGAACUCUUCUACGUGGGGCUGACCAUGUGGGUAAGCAGUGACCCACUGGGCCUGGCAGCCUCACAGGCCAACUUCUACCCCCCACCUCCCGAGUGGCUGCACGACAAGUAUGACACUACGGGGGAGAACCUUCGCAUCCCGGCGGCCCAGCCCCUGGAAUUUGCCCAGUUCCCCUUCCUACUGCAUGGCCUCCAGAAGACUGCGGACUUCGUGGAGGCCAUUGAGGGGGCCCGAGCAGUGUGCACCGAGGCAGGCCGGGCUGGGGUGCGUGCCUACCCCAGUGGCUCCCCCUUCCUCUUCUGGGAGCAGUAUCUGGGCCUGCGGCGCUACUUUUUGCUGGCUAUCUGCAUCCUGCUGGUAUGCACUUUCCUCGUCUGUGCCCUGCUGCUGCUCAAUCCCUGGACAGCUGGUCUCAUAGUACUGGUCCUGGCGAUGAUGACUGUGGAGCUCUUUGGCAUCAUGGGUUUCCUGGGCAUCAAACUGAGUGCCAUCCCCGUGGUGAUCCUUGUGGCCUCUGUAGGCAUUGGUGUCGAGUUCACAGUUCAUGUGGCUCUGGGCUUCCUGACCACCCAGGGUAGCCGGAACCUGCGGGCUGCCUGUGCCCUAGAGCACACAUUUGCUCCGGUGACCGAUGGGGCCGUCUCCACAUUGCUGGGUCUGCUUAUGCUUGCUGGUUCGAACUUUGACUUCAUCAUAAGGUACUUUUUCGUGGUGCUGACAGUGCUCACACUCCUGGGCCUCCUCCAUGGGCUCAUGCUGCUGCCUGUGCUGCUGUCCAUCCUGGGCCCCCCACCAGAGGUGGUACAGAUAUACAAGGAGAGCCCAGAGGUCCUCAGUCCUCCAGCUCCACGGGAAGGAGGACUCAGGUGGGGGUUGUCCCCCACCCUGCCCCAGAGCUUUGCCAGAGUGACUACCUCCAUGACAGUGGCCCUCCACCCACCCCCACUGCCUGGUGCCUACAUCCACCCAGCCUCUGAUGAACCCACUUGGUCCCCUGUUGCCACACCAGCUGCCAGCGGCUCCAACAACCUCAGUUCUAGGGGACCAUGCCCAGCCACUGGGUGAUAGAGCACCUGAAACAUGGAGACCCUGCUUGGGUCACAUGAAGUCACUGGGAAGCAGUGGGUGGGUUAUUGAAUGCAGGACAGACACCUGGAGAGCCCUGCUGCUGCUGUCUGCCUGCGUUCCCUUUCCUGCCUCAGCCAUCACAGACCUCCCUGAUACCCAUGCAAAACCAGCACCCUCUGGGCUGGGAGAACAGCCUUGCACACCUGGUUCUGUGUUUGUGCCUUUCUGCGUGGGGGUAGAAGCCAGCACCUCAGGCUGCGGUUCAUCCCUUUUCUCCCCGCCCUCCCAUGUGCUACUGGCCCCUCGCAGGCCAAGCCUGGGGGAUCCUCUAGUACCCUUUGCUAGUCCUGGCCCCCCACUGCUUGGUAACUCCUGAGUAGGCCGUCUGUAUCUGCCCUCCUUCUACCACGUAAAUUAUUUAUAUGAAGAUGUUUAUUUUUGUAGUUUGUAUAGAUUUUAGCUAUGCUGAAAGUUUUAUUUUUAAAGAGUGAAAUAUAUUCUAUAUGAACUCA